AUCAGCUGUGUCCAAUCACAGCUGAUCACGUGGCACUGAUGAUCAGUGUGCCCUGAUGAUCAGUGUAGCCCAGCAGUGCCACCUGUCAGUGUCCAUCAGUGCCAGCAGUCAGUGCUCAUCAGUGCCACGUGCCAGUGCCCAUCAGUGCCACAUCAAUGCCACAUAUCAGUGCAUACCAGUGCACAUCAAUGCCACAUAUCAGUGCCCAUCUGAGCUGCCUUUCAAUGUCACCCAUCAGUGCCAGUCAGUGCCACCUAUCAAUGCCAAUCAGUGCCACCUAUCA